GGCUAGUCACGCGAUUGAUAAGACAGUAGGGAGGAGAGAUUUUCAAUGGAAUGGGUUACCUUUGUGUUUACACUUUAUUGAAAGCAUCGAUGACAACAUCGCUAAGGUAAAGCAUGAUAAGUUUAUCCUUAAAUCCGACAGUAAUCUUGCUUUGGCCAAAAUUACUCACCCUACCUCAACAUGACUAACGGAGAGAUUGCAAGCGGUUCGACGCAACAAAGUCUGUUUACUUUGCGCGCUCCUUCAAACGCGGAAAUGAGUUGCAGGACGACAACCUGCUGCCAACGCCAGGUAACGAUCAGUGUACCGUUGACCGCUGGACACGCGACACAAAAUGUUCUCCUACAGAGUGAUCGAUUCGCAACUCACUACGGACCUGCACCACCAGCAGAUCGAGAUCCGACUCAACGAUACGGCUGGCAUUCCGAACGGGGAGCAGAAACGAACUCCGGCGCACUGUGUCAUCACGCCCACGUUCCUGGAUGCGGCCGCCAGGAUUCGGAAUCUGACCGUGUACGAGGAUGACGUGUGGAUUGUGACGUUCCCCAAGGCAGGGACGACCUGGACCCAGGAAAUGGUUUGGUUGAUCGAUCAUGACCUGGAUUAUGGCACGGCUAGCAAAGUGAAUCUGCUUGAACGAUCAGUGUUCUUGGAACUUUCUUGGGUGAUCCUGGGAUGUCCCGUCGAUACCAUUCAGCAAGUGGAACAUCUCCCAAGACCUCGUCACAUCAAAACACACCUCCCGUUGGCCUUUCUACCCUCCCAACUGUGGACAGUCAAGCCUCGGAUCGUGUACUGCGCUCGGAAUCCCAAGGAUGUGGCCGUGUCCUACAUGCACCACUAUCACCAUCUGCACGGAUUCACCGGACCAAAGGAGGUAUUUUUCGACGGAUUGCUCGCCGAUAAGGUGCUGUGGUGUCCCCAGGUGAAGCACGCGCUGGACUUUUGGAACAUUCGUCAGUUGGACCAUGUACUGUUUUUGCACUUUGAGGAGAUGAAGAAGGAUCUAACAAGCGUGCUGCUUCGAGUAAUAAAGUUCUUCAAUAAACAAUACGACGAAGCACAAUUGGAACAGCUUGCAGAUCAUCUGUCAUUUGAUACCAUGAGAAAAAACCCAUCCGCCAACAACAUGGCACUGUGCAAAGGGAUUGAAUCGAUUUCCGGACGGAAGGUUAAGUUUGAGUUCAUGAGGAAAGGUCAAGUUGGAUGCUAUAAAACUGAGCUAUCACCCGACUAUAUCGAUCGCUUUCAACGCUUCAUAGACCACGAACUGGAUGGGAGUGACUUCCGAUACUAUGAAUAAUUUAGUACGCACUGAUAAACG